ACUUGUGUAAAACGUCACAAAAUUUGUGUACACAACCGGAAGUCAAUUUACCUGUUGCUGUGGUCGAUAUCAUGCCAAAAAUGUGCUAUGUCUUGCUUGUUUCCUUGGUAUGGUGAUUUAAAAGAAUUUGUCUUACAUAGGUUGAGAAACAUGCGAUGGCCAUCAGUGGAGUCCCUGGCAGGGGCUGUCAUGCUUCUACACAUUGUUGUCUGUCCAUUCACUAAAGUAGAGGAGAGUUUUAACAUACAGGCAGCUCAUGACAUACUAUAUCAUGGCAUCAACAUUAAUCAGUAUGACCAUUUAGAAUUUCCCGGUGUGGUUCCCAGAACCUUUCUUGGCCCCCUUGCUCUAGCUGUGACAACAUAUCCAGCAGUGUUCCUCUGUCAGUGUCUGAAGCUCUCCAAAUUUAUAUCACAAUAUUUAGUAAGAAUUGCAUUAGGACUUUAUGUUCUGGCAGCGCUCUCUGCUUUUGGUAAUGCCAUCAAGUUCCGCUUUGGUCCUGGUGUCAAGAGAUGGAUGUUUAUUAUAACAGCAACACAGUUCCAUUUUAUGUUCUAUAUGUCAAGACCACUACCCAACACAUUUGCUCUUGUAUUAGUGUUGUUUGCAUUAGCGGCCUGGAUAAGACAGAACCAUGGACAGUUUCUAUGGAUAUCUGGGGCAGCCAUUAUUAUAUUCCGAUCAGAGCUAGCUGUAUUUCUGGGACUAAUUCUGGCAGCAGAACUUUUCUCCAAGAGGCUGAGCUUUACUGAUUUUUUAAAGCAUGUUAUUCCAGCUGGAAUCCUCCUACUUAGUCUUACAGUCCUGGUGGAUAGUUUUUUCUGGAGACGCUGGUUGUGGCCAGAGGGAGAAGUCUUAUGGUUCAAUACAGUAGAGAACAAAAGCUCUCAAUGGGGUACAGAGCCCUUUAUGUGGUAUUUCACAUCUGCCCUGCCUAGGGCCCUGUCCAUGAGUUUCUUUUUAGUUCCCUUAGGAAUAACCUUGAACCCUCACCUUCGACCUCUCCUUAUUCCUGCCAUUGGUUAUGUAUUGUUAUACUCCAAUCUGCCUCAUAAGGAGUUACGCUUUAUCAUUUAUGUGAUACCUAUCUUCAAUGUUGUGGCGGCAUCUGCAGUUUCUAAAAUGUUGGCUAAUAGUUCCAAGUCCUGCUUCAAGAAACUGGUGGCUCUAGCUGCUGUGUGCCACAUUAUAGGAAACAUCACAUGUACCACAGUAUUUCUGUUUGUCUCUCACCAGAAUUACCCAGGGGGACAGGCCAUGCAGAAACUUCAUCAGUUGGAAAAGCCAUAUAUAGCCAUCAAUCUUCACAUUGAUGUAGCAGCUGCUCAGACAGGUGUCACUAGAUUUACACAGAUCAACUCAAAAUGGAGAUAUAAUAAGACAGAGGACAUACUACCAGGAUCUCAGGAGAUGCUGGAUUUCUCUCACCUCUUUGUCAGUGAUGAUGAUAUUCUACAGUUUUACCAGAGUACACAUUCUGUAAUAGCAAAGAUUGAUGGAUUUGAUACACUCAGAGUUGAUAUUCGAUCAUUGCCUCCCAUUGUUGUCACCACUAAGCCAAAAAUAUGGAUUUUAAAAAGAAAUUUGUACUUGAAAGCCAGCUGACAGCUAGACCUGCUAGGAAAUUUAAUUAAUAAAGUGAACUCAGAGCUCUCAGAUAGAUACCCAAAACAGACUAGAAUUUCUUAGUAUUUAUUUUUUUAUUUCAGUGUGCAAUAUUAAUUGUUUACUUAGUGACCUAAUGCUAUAUGUAUUCAAUGGUAUUAAGAGUUUGUUAGAUUUUAAUGCAGUUCCCCAUUCCAUUCUACAUAAUCCAAAAUGCUUGUGUAAUUGGAAACUUUCAAUUUUGACCAUUUUGCUUAUUUUAGGUCUAGGUCUCAUAAACUAUAACAUUAACUUAAUUUUAUAUUCAAAAUGCACAUGAACAUUGUCAGGGAGAACAUUAGUAUGAUAAGACAUACAUAUAAAUAAUUAGCUUUUUUGUACAUUCCAGUAAGAUACCUGUAGAUUCAGGUGCCUAAUAUAACACAAUUUGUGAAGGAGUUUUUUUUUCCUUUAUAGCUGUUGGGUAUUACAUAUUGUGAUACAGUUUUUAUAUAACUUUUUGUGGCUUGUUUUUGUAAUGUUUGACAAGGUUUUAAAAGAGUUGCAUUG